GAGUGGCGUGUGGCGGUGGAGCCAAUCAAAGUUUGCUUCUUCUUUCCUUGCCCAGACGAUGAAUAUUUGGUGAAGGCACUUUUGCUCCUAAUUUCCAUAUAUAUAUAUAUAAAGGCUAAAGCUAUAAAGCUAUACAUACAUCUUCAAUCCGAUAAUCUAUUAUUAUAUCGAAGCAAAUAGCAAUCCCAGUGAAUCUACUCUACUCUACUCUAGUCUAGUGGCUCAUUUCCCACAUAAUUUUAAUGGCGGACGUCGAUACCAACAUGCUUGUGGCCAUGUGCCUGGCACGUGCCGGAGUGGACCGGAUGUUCGGGGUGGUCGGAAUACCGGUUACUUCCUUAGCCAAUCGCGCGGUGGCGCGUGGCAUCCGUUUCAUCGCCUUUCACAACGAGCAGUCUGCCGGCUAUGCUGCUUCCGCCUAUGGUUACCUCACGGGUCGACCCGGGAUUCUACUCACUGUAUCGGGGCCCGGAUGCGUGCACGGUCUCGCCGGCCUCUCUAACGCCGCCGUGAACACGUGGCCGUUGGUUAUGAUUUCCGGCUCCUGCGAUCAGGGAGAUUUUGGGCGCGGGGAUUUCCAGGAAUUGGACCAAAUUGAAGCGGUGAAACCCUUCUCUAAGUUCUCGGCUAAGGCUACUGAUAUCUCCAAAGUCCCCAAUUGCGUUUUUGGGGUUUUGGAUUGGGCCGCCGCCGGCCGCCCCGGCGGGUGUUACUUGGAUCUUCCCUCCGAUGUGCUCCACCAGACCGUGAGUGAAUCGGAGGCGGAGAGAUUGAUCGCCGAAGCGUGGAAUUCUCGGGACAAGGCGCUGAUUGAGAGGCCAAUCGUUGAGGAAUCGGAGAUCGGAAAGGCGGUGGCUUUGCUUAGACAAGCGGAGAGGCCAUUGAUUGUGUUUGGAAAGGGCGCCGCCAUGGCUAGGGCUGAGUCAGCUUUGAAAACCUUGGUGGAGAAAACGGGAAUUCCCUUUUUGCCCACCCCUAUGGGGAAGGGUUUAUUGCCGGAUAAUCAUGACCUGGCCGCCACGGCGGCUAGGUCUCUGGCAAUCGGAAAAUGUGACGUGGCAUUGGUGAUUGGUGCCCGGCUUAAUUGGCUGUUGCAUUUUGGGGAACCUCCGAAAUGGUCAAAGGAUGUGAAGUUCAUAUUGGUUGAUGUAUCCAAGGAUGAGAUUGAGCUUAGGAAGCCAUGGUUAGGGUUAGUGGGAGAUGCUACUAAGGUAGUGGAGAUGAUCAACAAGGAGAUAAAAGACGACCCGUUUUGUUUCGGGAAGAAUCAUCCUUGGAUUGAGUCAUUAGCUAAGAAAACUAAGGAAAAUGUGUCAAAGAUGGAGGCACAAUUAGCCAAGGAUGUUGUGCCGUUUAACUUCAUGACUCCAAUGAGGAUUAUUAGAGACGCAAUUUUGGAAUUGGGUAGUCCCGCGCCAAUCUUGGUGUCUGAAGGGGCGAAUACGAUGGAUAUUGGAAGAUCCGUGUUGGUACAGACCGAGCCAAGGACUCGGUUGGAUGCCGGGACUUGGGGAACAAUGGGGGUCGGUCUUGGAUAUUGCAUUGCUGCUGCAGUGGCGUCGCCUGAUAGGCUCGUUGUAGCUGUUGAAGGGGACUCUGGAUUCGGGUUCAGUGCUAUGGAAGUUGAGACAUUGGUUAGAUAUCAGCUGCCCGUAGUGGUUAUAGUGUUUAACAAUGGGGGCGUCUAUGGUGGUGAUAGAAGGAACCCCGAAGAAAUAACUGGACCUUACAAAGAUGAUCCGGCACCCACUUCUUUUGUCCCCGGUGCUGCAUAUCAUGUUUUGAUUGAAGCUUUUGGGGGAAAAGGUUAUCUUGUUGGGACCCCGGAUGAACUGAAAUCAGCACUUGCCGAGUCCUUUUCUGCUAGGAAACCUGCCGUUAUCAAUGUCACAAUUGAUCCCUAUGCUGGUGCUGAAAGUGGGAGACUGCAACAUAAAAACUGAGGUGCCGGGCAGGGCGUUUCAGAUCGAUUUAUACAUGGUGGCGGUGUAGGUACGAGCAAUGAAACGCAAUAUCUCGCAUCCCAUAUUUCUAGAUUAAUAAUGUCAGUGUAUGUGUAUGUGACUGUAUCAACAUACUCAACUCAAGAGUCUUAAUCUCAGCCCAGAAGCUAUACACAUAUAAUAGAAAUAUAAUUUUGUUGUAGAUUUUGGCCAUCUGUAUGGAAUGUUUUUUCUGGUGCCCACAAAUAUUCUGCUGCAAUAAACCCUGUUUUAUUGAAACAUUCUUUAGUUGCCUGUGGCUCCACUCUGUUCAAUUCUGGAUUCUUUAAGGCACAUUAGAUUAUUAUUUGCUGCAACUCACACAAGUUUAAGUGAAUAAAAUGUUGUUUUGAUGCUA